AUGAAGUUCUCCGCCGUUGUUCUCGCGCUCGCCGGUGCCGCCGCGGCUGCCCCCGUUCCGGAGCCGGUUGCUGCCCCGAUGCCGAUGCCCACUCCCCCCGGCAUUCCCUCUGCCGCCAGCGCCAAGACACAGCUCGCUGCUCUGACUGUUCGUGCCUGGACCAACACCGACACGUACGACCGUGAUCUGUUCCCUCACUGGAUCACCAUCUCGGGUGCCUGCAACACCCGCGAGACUGUUCUCAAGCGUGAUGGCACCAACGUCGUCACCAACUCGGCCUGCGCGUCUACGAGCGGAACAUGGGUUAGCCCCUAUGACGGAGCCUCGUGGACUGCGGCAAGCGAUGUCGAUAUUGACCACAUGGUUCCCCUCAAGAACGCCUGGGUGUCUGGUGCCGCCUCUUGGACCACUGCUAAGCGCCAGGAGUUCGCCAACGACCUCACCCGCCCUCAGCUUUGGGCUGUCACCGACUCAGUCAACCAGUCCAAGAGCGACAAGAGCCCCGACUCCUGGAAGCCCUCCGUCUCCAGCUUCCACUGCACCUACGCUCGUUCCUGGGUUCAGGUCAAGAGCUACUGGGCCCUCUCCGUCACCUCCGCCGAGAAGUCUGCGCUGACGACGAUGCUUAACACCUGCUAA